AUGUUAAACACAAGUAACACCAGUAAUGGUGGCACAUCGCAACCAUUCGAUGUUAUCAAACCAGACAGAUAUCUAUAUGAUGUAAUACUAAAGAAUGAUGGUCUACAACAUUAUAUACAUUCAAACUUUGGAUUCUAUUGUGGCUCAGUGGAUGAUUCAAAGCAUAAGGAGGGCAAGGGUAUAUUCUUGUAUCCAACAUCAACUUAUAUUGGUAAUUGGAAGGAUGAUCAUAGGUAUGGUGAUGGUGUAUUGGUUGUGAAUGAUGGCUAUCGCAAACAUAUAGACGCGAGCGUGGUCACACCACCAUCACUGGCCAUACAACCAUUGGUCACGCCAUUCAAAUCAAUGCAACAACUUCAACAGCAGGCACAACAGAACCAGGCUCUGCUGGAAAAUGGCGCCACAAUCAUUGGCGGCGCAGGCAACACUUCAUAUUCAACGCUGGCCAAGAUCAACGCAUCGUUUGACGCCGUGGAGAAGGUGAUGGGGGACGUGGCCGCGCCCACUUACCAAGCCAGCCACGACUACUACUCGGGCAAGUGGCUCAGCAGCAAGGCCAACGGCAUUGGCUUCUUCCACUUUGCCAAGGAUCACUCGGUGCACGAGGACUUUUGGCGCAAUGGCGUGGCCAUUCGCUACAUCAAUCAGAAUCAGCUGCAGUCGAUACAGGCCGAUGGCUCGGUUCAGUUCUCAUCGAACGAGGAGCUCAAGAAGAUGCUCGAGGAUUGGAAGAAGGUGGUGGGCAGCGACGACGACUUCCCCAUGUCCAAGCCCUAUCUUGGCUCCAUGUUGGCGUCACAACACGAGAUGCCCAUGUCGCCAUCACUGUUCAAUGGUAUGGCGAAUGCUUCUGCUGUCGUGGGCGAGGAGAAGCCGGGCAAGCCAGGCAAGUCACCCCUAGGCAAGGAUCAGUCAAGUCCAAUGUCAUCACCAAUGUCACCAAAUAUAAUCAAUGGCGAGCAACUCAAAGCUCAGCAGACACAGCAACAGCAGCAACAGCAACAGCAGCCAGUGACAGUGCCACAGUCAUAUAGCUCGCCGGCCACCCCGGGUGGCUCGCCACACACGACCAAACAAUCAUUUGGCGUGAUCACAUCGUCCUACCUCAAGAAUCGCAUUGAGAAUGAGGAGAAGUUCUUCAUCUCACUCAUUAUGUUCAUCUCGAAAUGGGAGCUGCCGCUGGUGUCUACGCAGCCCUCGUCGCCUGGCAGUGGCAACCCCGCACCCUCGUCCAACGCGUCACCCAACUCCAACUUCAUCAUUGUGGUGCCAGACACAGACUCGGCCACAUUCCUGCCGCUGUCCACGCUGGUGAUGCAGUGCAACAUCAUGGAGAAGAUGAUUCGUCGAUUGCUCGUCGACCCCGAGACCAGAACCACUCUCAAUCACCACGUGCAUCAGCAACAUAUCAUGCCAGGCGGCGAGAAUCACAUCGUUGCCAGUCUGUCCACUGCGUCUACGACAAGAGAUGAGCGCGAACUAUACAAACUGAUACCAUUCUGUCUGGACGUCGAUGUCACGGAUGAGUUGAACGGCAUUAGUCGAUACAACAUCGAGCCGAUCGUGUCCACGAUGAAAAUGUUCACCAAGCCCCUCACAGACACUGUGGCCGUGCCCGACUUCCUCGUGCACUACAUCUGCGACAUUGUCUCGGCCUUCAAAAAAGACAAGCCAUUCGAGAUGUACUUCCUCAACAAUCGAUUCAUGGUCGUCCAGGAGCAGUUCCUUCAAAUAGUCAACAAGCUCGAGGCCAUCAAUGAGUCGCUCAACACGAACGUCUCUAUACCGUCUGAUGGUGUCGCGACACCACCCCAGCAACAACAGGUAUCAAGCCCAAUCACACCGACCAAGCCAUCGGCUGUCGCGUCCAAGCAAGUGGCAUCACCCCUCAAGGGCUCGCCAACAGUCAGCUCAAGAGGUGUGCUGACCAAUCCCAAUGGAGGAAUCGCCAACAAGACAAACACGACCGUCACAGGCAUGGGCACGACAAACACUGGCACAGGCACGAGCACGACGAUGACUACAGUGGGGGGCAAGGUGAUCAGUUCAGCGCGAACCAACUCGGCAGGCUCCACUACAACCCUGGGCGUGGCAUCACCACAAUCAAUGCUCAAGAAACAGACGACCAUUGAGAACAUUCAUCAGUUCAACAUCAACGAGCAGCAGAAGAAGGCCAAUAGCAUGGACACUUCACAGCGACGCCAAUCGAUACACAGAAACACGUUGGACUUUGUAUAUCAGCUGUUCUGCUCGUCGUUCAUCAUGCCCACGUCGCUCGAGGACUCUGUCCAACUUCUCAACUCGAUCACCACGAGCAUCAGCGCCGUCAAGAAGACCAUGCUGAAGAAGGUGCAGUUGUUCAAGGAGGCGUCGGUUGCCGAGAGCAUCUCGUCCAAGUCACUGACAUCGAAGCACUGUCAGGAGUACCUCAAGUCGAAGCAGGCGUCCGUGCAAGCAUUCGUCGAUACACAAGAGCGAGAGAUAGCAUUGUUUGAUCAUACUUCUCUCAUCUGUGAUAAGCUCUGUAAAAUACUAUUCAAACAACUGCUCAACAUCACGAUCAAGCGUCUCACCCUGGCAUCCACAUUCAUCCAGCGCAUGCGCAAGCAGAAGGAGUCCUCCGGCGACCCCCUCCUCACCCUCGACUACAUUGUCAAGUUCAUCAAGCACAUCUACAACAUCUCGUCCAAGAUCCUCACAGUGUGUAGCGCUCAAGUGCUCCAGAACGAGAAAGACAUUGUAAAUUGUAUAAAGUCAUUCAUGUAUGAUCAGAACGAUUUGUUCUCUUUGAUACCACCAAAGUCAUCGGCGGCUAUGGCUGCAGUGGCAGCUUCCAAUACCACGCCAGAGAAGUCAUCCGCAUCACCGGCCAACACAUCAUUCAGUUUGAAUGGACUGAUGGGUAUGCUGUCCACUGGUGUCAGGAGUCUGGACUUCUUCACAAUCAGUGAGCCGAAUGGCGCCAACGAGACUGCGACACCUCCACUCAUUGCCAACAACAAGGCAAUGUUGCCAUCUCCAUUGUCCUACAGCCAAGACAAUCUGAACACAAACAUCUCUAUCAUAUCACCUCUAAACAAACUUUCAUAUGACAUUGCUCAGGGCAACUACCAUCUUAUACCAAUAUUGUCGACUUGUGGCGAUGAAAUGACAGUGAUGUACCUCACCAAUGUGUUGGCGGACACUAGAACCAGCCUCAAGGAAAAGUCAAACGACUCCAUCCACUACCUGAUCAAUGUAUUGAUCCAAACGACAAUCACAUGCACCUUCAAGUCCUACCGAUGCGAGGUGUUCAAGACCAUCGCACCACUUGUCAAGAUAUACAAACCAAAGGACGACCUAUUCCAAAAGAUAAAGGAGUUCCUCAAGACACUCUUGGAUCUUUGUGUAAAGGAUGAUUCAUUCUCAUUCGCGCCACACUUUGUAAUGUUCUUGGCCAAUAUCUGUGAUGACCUUUCAGUCAAGUCAAAGAAGGAGUUUACAGACAUCUUCUCGAUCCAAUUCUUCAUCGACAUCAUGGAGAGAGCCAACGCAAAGAGUGGAGCACCAGGCGCCGACAUCCUUCGCGCUCAUGCCGCACAGAUAUUGAUAUACCUUUCAAAGUCAUCACACGACAACUUGGCCAUCAUCAAGAAUCGUGGAGGUCUUGGCAUUAUAUUGGAGCUCUGCAAGUUGGGACAGGUGUUCUCUCACACAAAGAUCGACGAGGGAGACUUGUCAAUUGCUGAGGUGUUGGGUGCUGGUGCACUUGCCAAGGUUCAUAGAGGACUGUGGAAUGGCAAAGAGGUUGCCAUUAAGAUAUUCAACGAGGGCAGCUACUCAUUCCGUCUAGAGGAUUUCCUGAAAGAGGUGGCAAUCAUGGGUCUCAUCAACCAUCCCAAUCUCCUAAAGUUGGAAGGAGCCUGUAUUAUACCAAGGAACAUGGAUUCAACCUUUAUGAUCGUCACUGAAAUAAUGCACAAGGGUACCUUGUGGGACGUCGUGAAGAAGAGUCAUCCACUUCCAUUGAUGACCAUUAUUAGACAUGCGCUGUCUGUGGCCAGGGGACUGGCCUAUCUUCACUCAAUUGAUAUGAUCCAUCGUGAUAUCAAGGCGGCCAACAUCCUGGUCGACAAGAAUGACUUUGCAAAGGUUGGCGACUUUGGAUUGAGUCGUGUCAUUAGCAACAUCAAUAUGACUGCAGUGGCAGGUACACCAAAGUGGGAGGCACCAGAGUGUUUGGCGGGAGAGCAGUACACGUCAGCGGCAGAUGUCUACAGUUUUGGAAUGAUGAUGUAUGAGAUGGUCACUGGUGAGGAGCCCUACCCUGAGAUCCAGACCAUUGUAGAGCUGGUCAGGACUGUCUACGAGAAGAAGCAGAAGCCCAAGAUCCCCAGCUUUGUCAAUCACAGUAUGUCAUCACUCAUCAAGGACUGUCUGAGGUCACAGAAGAAGAGACCAACAAUGGCCCAGAUCAUUCAAAAGUUGGAAGAGGCUGGAGACAAAUAA